UCAAAACAAGGCGGCAAUUCAACAUAUAAACCUUACAAACUGAGUAAUAAACUAGAAUAACAAAUAAAGUGUUUAGAAUUUCUUUUUCAAAUAGCACAUUAAUAAUAAAAAAUCUCUGAAAAAUACAUUUAAAAAAGAGAAUGAUAUAUUUUUUCACUUCCGACAGACGUCCUUUCGAUUGGGAUUUUCUUCUGAGCUUUUCUAAAACUUCGGAAGCUAUUCUCUUGGGCCAAACGAACGGGGCAGUUGACAAAUAAGCCUGUCCGGUGAGGUUCUCGCAAAAAUGGUAAGAUGCUAAUUUGGCAGCUUUCACCAGGGUCAAGUUCAGUGUACAAUCAUUGCAGUGGUAGCUUUUGAACAUUUUUAAAUGAAAUUCAGUAACUAGGAAAUGCUUGGGCCUACAGUCCUUUGAUUGGCGGAGGUUGAUCAUAACCUGAGGAUGACUUAUUGGUUUUGAGCACAUUAGGUCAUGGUCACAGUGACUAUGACCCCUAAUAGGUCACAGUGACCUGGAACAAGGAAACUGUUUUUCGUCUAUAGCACAACCUAUCAUACAACCAGAGACAGAGAUAACCAUUGUUAUCUAUGUCUCUGAUAUAACUUUAAAAGGAGCUACACUGGACCUCUCCUAUGUUUCUUUUUUAAAAGAAGCCUACUUGUAUUAUUUUUCAGGCAAGGACCGAUCAAGCUAAGUGAUUUUUCUGCCGCUGUUGAAAAGAUGCACAAGGAUUCGGAUCUGCUUUUCACAGAUGCAUAUAAGUUGCUGAAAGAAAAAAGUCCGAAUCAUGCAAUGAAGGCAGCUGAGCAGCAGUGCUGCAGACCUAAAAACAGAUAUUCAAAUAUUCUUCCUUUUGAUCACUCCAGAGUAAAACUACGAAAAUCUAAUCACAUGAAAGGAUCUGACUACAUCAACGCAAACUACAUUCCUGGACCUUCUUCUCAAAGAGACUAUAUUGCAACCCAAGAUGCUAUGCAAACAACCUUUAAUGAUUUCUGGCGAAUGAUAUGGGAGCAAAACGUAGAUACAAUUGUAAUGUUGACAAAACUUGUGGAAAAAGGACGUCAGAAGUGUGAUAAGUACUGGCCGGAUCGUGGGGAACCUCUGUUCUACGGUGAUUUGAUUGUGUCUCUUCAGUCAGAAUCUAAUCUGUCAGACUAUAUAAUCAAGCUAUUUGAAGUGAAAAUGAAAGAGGAACGGAAAAUGGUCAGGCAUUUUAAUUAUCUAAAGUGGCCGGAUAUUGGUUGUCCCGAAACUCCAGAAUUAUUGCUAGAAUUUGUAAAAGCUGUGCGACAGUAUAUAGAUCGAGAAAGAAAUACAACUUCUGGGCCGACGGUAGUGCACUGCAGUGCCGGUGUAGGCCGUACAGGGACAUAUAUAGCUGUUGAUUACUUGUUGCAACAUAUCAGAGAUCACGACGAGGUUGACAUAUUCAGUCUUGUCUUAGAAAUGAGGAACCAUAGACUCAAUAUGGUACAAACUGAGGAUCAGUAUGUUUUCAUCCAUGAGUGCCUAAAAUCGUUCAUUACAACUAAGGAAGAGGAAGGAGACGAGAGUGAAGAUGAACGUAUGUAA